CUCUAUAUCUAUAUAUACUCCAGACAUACACCUCUCUACCAAAGAUCAAAUUAGCUCUUAAUUUUGCUUUCUACAUUCUUUGAUCUUCACGAAAAAAAUCAAGAAAAUGCAGAGGCAACUAGCAACAAUGAAGCAGUCAUUUUUUAAUCAGGGAUAUUUGGACGAGCAAUUUGUUCAGCUGGAAGAGCUGCAGGAUGAUUCUAACCCUAAUUUUGUCGAAGAAGUUGUCGCAUCGUAUUAUCGCGAAUCGGCCCGGUUCCUCGUCAGCAUCGAACAAGCCUUGGAUAAAAACCCUCUUGAUUAUUGUAAAUUGGAUAGCUUCAUGCACCAUUUCACAAGCAGCACUUCAAGCAUUGGAGCCAAAAGGGUGAAAGCUGAAUGCACUCUAUUCCGAGAGUAUUGCAGAGCAAGAAAUUGUGAAGGAUGCAAGAGAAGUUUUCGACAGCUCAAGAAAGAAUAUUCCUCUCUCAAGAACAAGCUUGAAGCCUAUUUUCAGUAUGUAAGACAAGUAGGGCCCGGAGAGAAGGCAUGUCGCCCAAAAUAAAAUUAAUUAAUUAAUUAUACAUGCAAUUGUAUUCUUGCAC